AUGAAAAUCGAAGGCUUUCCAACGGUAUACCGCCAUAUUUCAGAAGGUAACCCCAGCGAGGACUGCACUAUCUUUCUUGGACUCGUUAUUCUUGGAGUUCUCGAUGUCAGGAUUCUAAAGGAGAAGGCUCCUGAGCUUGUUGCCAAGUGGCCAGUCCUCAGCGGACAAACGUCGCCUUACUCUUUCACCACCGGCACAACGAUCGACUUCGAAUCCCGGCACAUUCCGUCGCAGCUCAAUGAUAUUCUCACAAUCGACAUUUCUCCAUCUCCUACCGCAACUAGGGAGGCUUCCUACAGAUCUUAUAAGCACAAUUCUGCCUCUAACGAUGACCUGUUUCACUUUAACUCUGCAUUCACCUCGCUACCCAGCAAUAUUUUCAUUAUACGUGUUACGACCCUUAAUAAUGCAACAUUACUAGGUUUUCAAACACCUCAUGCACUCUGUGAUGCUCAAGCACUAUAUGAGGUUGUCAAAUCCUAUCGGGACCGGGUCUCUGGACUCGAUAUACCAAAAAUUGUACUUUGCCCGGCCGUAGAGGUUCUUUUAUCAACGCUCAUUGAGGUACCGCCUGACCACCAAUCGGAGAGCGCCUUUUUCAAUGCUCCACUCGUGUUCAAUCCUUUCACUGUAUUGUCAAAACAACAGGUCGAUGUCAGGUGGUAUGACGAACAGUUUGAGCUAGCCUCACGUGAAAGGGGGAAAGAACUAUACGUCCACCUCAGUGCAGAUCUGGUAGAAGGCUGGCUGGAUGACUGUCAGAGAGAGAUAGUGGAAGCUGCGUCAUUGGGAAUGCUGGAAGAAGCUGGAGGGAUCAAGUUAACAAAGAACGAUGUUCUGACGGCAUGGUUCCUAAAGGAGAACUACGCCAAUUCCGAGUCAAAGGAGAUCGACCUUAACUACAGCUUCAACUACCGGAGUAUUUUACCCCCUCCUUCUACUAGAACGACAUACCUGCACAAUAGCUAUUACGACAUGCUUAUCAGUUUCCUCGAUAUUCAAAACAUGCCGCUUUCACGGAUUUCCCUGGUGAUCCGUCUUGCUGUCCUGCAGAAUACCCAACUAAGCGUUUCUAGAAACGUUCUAAGAUUCUGGGAGGAUGCAAAGGGUGGUGUCACUUUGGGACCCCGAGGAUGCAAGAUCAGGGACUUGGUGUAUGCCACGUCGUGGACAAGGUUUAACUUGAUUGGGAUGGACUGGAGUAGUGCUUUGGCGGGGGCCGGAGAAGGAAAGGUGGUAUGGGCUUCCCCGUCCGUGCCGAUGGGAGAGCAUGCGUCGAUAAACUACAAGCCAUUCCCGAUCACCUUGAAAGAUGGAGCGGGAGGUUACUGGGUUAGGGCGUGGACCUUUGAAGAUGGACACAAGGAGAAUCAAAAUCGGUGA